CCUGGCAUUCUGGGUGUCCCCUUACAUGCCAUAUAAGUACCCUUUCCUCCCCCCUCCCCACAAUGCCAUAGUGCUAUCGCUCUCGGCAGAGGGGCAGCUAUUCUUAGGCUGUCUGUCCAGCUCAUCUGAACAGAGGCUGUUUGGCACGUGCCCCGCCCCCCUCCAAAUCCAUUUUCCCCAUCCGUUUGGAGAAAUUCUGUUGCUUAAACAAUACACAGGCUUUUUUGAACAAUGAGUUCGUACAACGUUUCACUCACUGGACCUUCGCCUUGGGGCUUCCGGUUGCAAGGAGGCAAGGACUUCAACAUGCCCCUCACCGUUUCCAGGAUUACACCAGGGAGCAAAGCAGCCUCCAGCAACCUGAUCCAGGGUGACAUUAUUGUGGCCAUUGAUGGGGUCAGCACAGAGGGGAUGACACACCUGGAGGCCCAAAACAAGAUCAAGUCUGCCAACUUCAAUUUGGCCCUUACCAUGCAAAGGUCAAAGCGACCCACUCCAGUUCCCAUGACAACACCAAGGAUUGACUCCCCUAUGCCUGUGAUCCCUCAUCAGAAGGUUAUUACCAACACUCCUGCCAACACUGAGUACCUGCCCAGCUUCAACCCAAUAGCUCUGAAGGACACUGCACUCUCCACCAACAAGCCCAUUGAGGUGAAGGGGCCUGGAGGCAAGGCCACCAUCAUCCAUGCACAGUACAACACCCCUAUCAGCAUGUACUCCCAGGAUGCUAUUAUGGAUGCCAUUGCUGGCCAGUCCCAGGCCAGGGGUAGCGAGCUGUCUGGUAAUCUGCCAGUUAAAGACCGUGUUAUAGACAGUGCUUCCCCAGUGUAUCAGGCCGUCAUCCCCAGUGAAACCAAUGAAAUGGGGCCGGCUGAUUGGGCCAAAAGAGCCGCCCAGCUGCAGUCCAAGUCCUUCCGUGUCCUCGCCCACAUUACUGGAACUGAAUACAUGCAAGACCCUGAUGAGGAAGCUCUGAGAAAGUCAAGGGAAAGGUUUGAAUCUGAAGCCAAAGGCCCUCGUUUUGCUAAACUGAAAAACUGGCACCAUGGCCUGUCGGCACAAAUACUUAAUGUGCCUCAGUCACUGCAACCUAACCUUGUAUCUAGUACUCCUGCUGAGCAUGCUCCAGUUUCCACCAGUAUUGCACACAUCUCUCUGCCUACUAUCGCUGCUUCACCCAAUGAGCUCCUUUCGGAGCCGCAGAUAGCCAAUCAGGCACCCGAGCCUGAUGGGGAGCAGAAUCCUGAGCAAACCAUGGUAACCAGCUUCAACAUGCAGACCUCUAUGGGUUACACUUCCCAAUACAAAACCUCCAUCUCCAGUUCUUAUCCCCAGCUCCCACCGAUGCAGCAGCCACCACCACCCAUGCAGCACAGCUCCAUCCAGAUCCCCGUAGGUCCUCCUCCACCUAAAGUGGUCAGCACUGCCACCAUUGUGCCUACAGCCUAUUCGGCUGCCCCAGCACCAGCUCCUCCAAUGGUUCAGAAAUCUGCUCCACCUCCACCUGCUCCUGCCGCAGCUCCUGCGUCUUCUUCCAACAGGCCUCCUUGGGUUACCGAUGACAACUUUGCCAAUAAAUUUGACCCCAGCAAACCCACCCCCACCACAAACAUCAGAGUGCAGCCUCUUCCCCAGGCGGCUCCGCCACCACCACCCUACAUCCCCAACCCCGUCCCUGCUCCCAUUCCCGUCCCCGCACCUGCUCCUGCUCCUGCUGCACCUAGCCCUGCGUUCAACCCUGCCCCCUUCCCACCUGUGGCUCGUGGAGUUGCUCAGAGAGCAGAGCGGUUUGCAGCCAGCAACAGAACACCUCUGUGUGGAGCCUGCAACAGCAUCAUCAGGGGACCAUUCCUGGUGGCAUUGGGUCGUUCCUGGCAUCCGGAGGAGUUCAACUGCCAUUAUUGCCACACAUCUCUGGCAGAUGUCAGCUUUGUGGAGGAGCAGAAUAAUGUUUACUGUGAAAACUGCUACGGAGAGUUCUUUGCACCUACCUGUGCCCGCUGCAACACCAAGAUCAUGGGAGAAGUGAUGCAUGCGCUGCGGCAGACCUGGCACACCACUUGUUUUGUGUGCGCAGCUUGUGGAAAGCCCUUUGGAAACAGCCUCUUCCAUAUGGAGGAUGGUGAGCCAUAUUGUGAGAAAGAUUAUAUUGCACUCUUCAGCACAAAGUGCCAUGGCUGUGACUUCCCAGUUGAGGCAGGAGACAAAUUUAUUGAAGCUCUUGGCCAUACAUGGCACGACACCUGCUUUGUUUGUGCGGUGUGCCAUGUGAACCUGGAAGGACAACCUUUCUACUCCAAGAAGGACAAGCCCUUAUGCAAGAAGCAUGCACAUGCUAUCAAUGUGUAGAUGCUUCAGCAUUGCAUCAAAAGCUGUCAGUGAAGGAACUAAAUGCAAUGAAUACAUUUGCAUGUGUGGUUUUUACGGCAAGACACCAGUGCCUAUCCAAAUGACACAAAAACUAAUAUAAAAGAUAUUAAAUAGCAUAUCAGUAAGAGGAUGAAACUAGACAUUUUGACAUUUUAGGUCAUUCUUUGUCUUUAUUAUAACCCUGAUACAUUUGCAUACAUGCACUUGUUCAUCUGAUACAGCAAUUGAAGAGAUAUAACAUUUUCACUUUUUUUUUUUUUUUUUUUUUGGUUUGGUGAUUUUAUGCAACAUACAGUGUUUGUGAUAUUAGCGACUAAAACCUUAAUUUGUUGAAGAUUGAAACAGCCUGAAGAAGUCUAUGCAUAUUACGCCUUAACACAUUUUAAUUAAACUUGAAUGUGUUUUUAUUCCAUUACUAUUUUUUUCUUGAACGAUAAUGAGGCCUAUAGAUCCCUGAAUUGCUUGCAAAAGAAUGUUAAAUAGAUUUGAGGCUGUAUGUUCUGCAGUCUUUUCAAUAUUGAAUGGGUGUUUUAUGUGUUACUAAUCUUGUUCAUUUGUGCUUUUAGCGUGUGAGAAAGCAAGUGAGCUAAUUCAUGCAUAUGUGAUGUCAAUAUUAGCAUUAUGUGUCAUAUUUUUAUCAACUCAUGUUAAGAAUAAGAGCAGGGCAUCUGAAAAGGUAACAGAAUUUAUUUUAAUUUAUUAAUUGUUGCCCUCGCAGUGUAUGCAAGACAUAGUUAGCUGUAAUAAUGUCCAGCUCUCAAGGAGGUUUUUUUUUUUUUUUUCAAUUGUUCAUUUUUCGCCUUGUCACCUGAUUUGAUUUCUGUUGUUAUUUAUUGUGUGCAAAACCUCAAUAUUUACAAAAUCUUUGCAAAUGGUGUACUGUUUUGAUUUUGCAUGGAUCAUUUACUUGUUUUCUUUGCCAAGAAAGAGAGAUUCAUAUUUUUAUUUAAUAAAUAUUUUUCGUUAACAAGACAGAGGCACACACAGGAUGCAAGUUGUAUUGUUAAUAUGUAACGAAUGGGGUACCUGAGACUUUUUUUUUUCCUGUGGGUAUAUGCUACCCAACUCUGAUGUACAAAACUUUAGGAUUACAGUAAAGAUUUAGUUUCAUGCCUAGUGGCUAUUAAAGAACACUAUGCUAAAAAAAUACUGAGAUUGCAUUUGUAGACACUGUUUUCCUAUGUGAUACUGAUAUUUUAUGCAUACAAUUCACUUAAAAUAACUUUUAUUUAGAGAUACUUUAUAAAUGUGUCCUUGAUUUAUAUAUGUUCACUGCCACAUAUUGAAGUUAAUGUAACCCACCACAUCAGCCGACAUGAUCUUAGGGCUACUUUUGAUUUUGGCUUCUUUUUUUAAAUAUUACUAACAAUUGUUUGGCAUGUUAAAAUUGCCUCUCUUAAAUUUAAUAAACUGUUAGCUUGUUUUUUUUUUACACAAGAUUAGCAAGUGACUUAAAAUUGCAUUAACAGCAGUGUUGGGCUCAGAAGUGGGAAUGUUCUAUCUUUUUAGCAUUUUUCAAAACCAGAUGUAUUUGAUGUAAUUUAAUGCUACUGAAUGUACAAGUAAUGUAUUAUUAUUUGUCAGCUGCUGUAUUCUUCGGUUCACCUGGAAAUUACAGAGACAAAGGAUUGAUCCAUAAUCACAUAAAGCGGCAGAUACUUCGAUAAUACAAUAAAGAACCAUAUACA